AUGCUCUUCAAACUUGCUAGUAUAUUUUGUAUAGUACAGCUAACCGGAAGUUUAUUACUACGAGUGAACGAAUUUGGUCUACACGAAGCAGCGAAUUUUACACGACAAUGGCUCUCUAUGGCUGGACCACAUAUGAAAAUGCCCGAGAUUCGACAAUCCUUUUACAACUCGUUCGCCGGAGGAGAAAUGACAGUAACUAACAUUACAAUUAAACGAUUUGUGCCUCCCCUUAUUCGAUUCCGACCAUCCGAUCACUCAUUUUUGUACAUGUCCACACUGAGUGGAUAUGCUCAGGUUUCUGCAGAAUGGUCUGUGGAAUCUCAGUUUUUGCAUAUGCUCAAAAUCCCACUCCAAGGCCAGAUUCACGCUCAAAUGACAGGCUUGAUUAGUGAAAUUGCAAUGCAGAUAACCCAAGACAACGAAGUGGAAGUUCAUCACUGUGUUGCGCAAAUUCGAGACUUGCGAGUUGCCUUUGAGGGCAGUGUAGCCGCUGAUGUGAUUCACUGGUUCCGACAAAGUGUCACACGUGCCAUCAGAAGAACAUUGGAAGAGGAGUACUGUGACAUGAUGAGAAACCACUGGCUGCCAUGGGUGGAGGCUCAGCUUUAUCAGUUCCCCACCAAUCUCACAAUCAGUCAUUCUCCAGAUGUCACACUAAUUCAAACUAUGCAAUCUAUUGCAAUGACCCAGCACCACGUCGACGUUCGAAUGAGAAGUGAUUUAAUUUGGGAUGACGAGUUUGUGGAAAGCGGUAUGGUCGAGAAUUCCACACUGGCUAGUGUUGAAGCCCUCCCAAGAUCCACCAGAAUGAUUGACAUGUUCAUUGAUGAGCACACCGUACAGAGCAUUAUUGCUGCAGCUCAUUUUGCUGGGCACUUGAAAACAAAGAUCGAGUCGCCGUUCUUGAAAACUAGCUGUGACGUGUUGUGUAUUGGAACAGUACUACCAGAGCUCGCCGAGCAGGUCCCAAAUCGGACGUUGUCGGUUGAAGCAUCUACUCUAUCACCUCCAGUCAUUGAUCUGCAGCAAGGAAGAGCGCUGGUUUAUUUGAAUGCAUCGUUAAAUGUUUUCGCAGAGCCGCCAUUGAAAACUGUAGAAGGCUCUAUGCUUACGAUCAAUGUGGAGACUGAGUUCACGUUAACAAUGGAGAUGAGAAAUAAAAGGGUCAAGGGAUACAUCAACAUGAUAAAUGCUCAAGCGAACUUGGUGGAUAGCAAAGUUGGGCUCAUGUCGCAAAAGACUGUCGAUUUCCUUGUAAACAUGUCCACACCUUUCCUUGAAGACGCUGUGGAUGUGCUAAUCGGCCGAGGUCUAAUUGUAGCGGACCCCUUCCAGUUUCCCUCAACAAAUGAGCACUUGAGCAUUCAUGACAAAUGUCUCCGGUGGGAAGCUGACAUUGUUAUGCCGACAGUGGUGGCUCACACCAAUGUGUUCUAA